GCAGGAAAUUCAAGGGCAUUGCGAGAAGUCUUGUGAUAUUCAGGCGCAGCGUAAAAAGGAGCAUCCCGAGGCUUGCAAGAUGGAGAGCACUGCUGAGCAGGUCAAGGGUGCUGCUAAGGAAAAACUUGGCCAAGCGACUGCUGAUGAGCGUGUGACUGCGGAAGGCCAUAGCCAGUGCAAACAAACCAAGGGCAGUGUUGAGAAAUACGAUGAACUUCCCGAGAAGGAGACUGAGGGGGACAGUCACUAAAAAUUGAAACAACUUUUUCAUUAAAUGUUUGAAUUCAUGUUUUCCAAUUCAUUAAUUUAUUUAUUUAUUAGUUCAGCAACAAAAAAAUCAAACCUUGUGCUAAAUCCUCCAACCUUUUUAUAAACCUUGAUAGAUUUUUGUUACAAAUUUGCCAUAGAAAAUGGUUAUCCAGAUGGCACAUUUGAGUUCUCCCUUGAUUUUUUGCAUGUUCCGCAGGGGCAGUCUGCCUUAUGUACAUAGUUGUGAGCUCGAAAAUCCAUGCUUUAUCUUGUUUUGUUGUUGUUUGGAAUAAUUUUAAAAUUGG